UUUGCACGCGGGUGGAAGAGCUUCACAUCGAUGUGUCGAGGACUUUAAACACACUGUAGCCUGCACACACACACUGUGUCAUACAGUGGUGGAAGAAGGGAGAUCGUGCUCUACUGGAUCUUACCCUGCAACAUCCCUGAUACAAUGUGUCCGAUCAUUUACUUUCUGCCAUAAUGUGUUUGAUUAUUCACUUCUCGCGCGCGCUGCUCUGAUCGCGGUGUGUUUACAUGGAGACUGCGUAUCGGUACCUUCAAAACCAGUCAACCGGGAAAUGGUAACACAUGAACCUCCUCACUGGAAGGAACAUGGUUGAGAGGAGCAGCAAAUUUCUGUUCAUCGUGGUCGGCUCGGUUCUGUUCAUGCUGAUUUUGUAUCAGUACGUGGCUCCGGGGAUGAUGAACUUCGGCUCUCCGCACGGGUACAUGCUGGAAGACGAUGCGGAUCUCUUCCCGACUCCUGAUCCACAUUACGUGAAGAAAUACUAUUUCCCCAUCCGAAAUCUGGAGCGGACGGUGGAUUUUGAAAUCAAAGGGGAUGAUGUGAUCGUGUUCCUCCACAUCCAGAAGACCGGCGGCACCACGUUCGGCAGGCAUCUGGUCCAGAAUGUGAGGCUGGAAGUGCCGUGCGAUUGCAGACCGGGACAGAAGAAGUGUACCUGUUACCGACCCAAUAGGAAAGAGACCUGGCUCUUCUCGCGGUUCUCCACCGGUUGGAGUUGUGGCUUACACGCGGACUGGACCGAACUGACCAACUGCGUACCGGGGGUUUUGAACAAAAAGGAGAACAGAAUGAAAAACCAAAGGAAGUUCUACUACAUCACCCUGUUACGGGACCCUGUAUCUCGCUACCUGAGCGAGUGGAGGCACGUCCAGCGUGGGGCCACAUGGAAAACCUCCCUGCACAUGUGCGAUGGGCGAACGCCCACGCCCGAGGAGCUUCCGCCCUGCUAUGAGGGCACCGAUUGGUCGGGCUGCACACUGCAGCAGUUCAUGGAUUGUCCAUACAACCUGGCGAACAACCGACAGGUGCGCAUGCUAGCCGACCUCAGCCUGGUGGGCUGCUACAACAUGUCGUUUAUCCCAGAAAAGAAACGUGCCCAGAUAUUACUAGAGUCUGCGAAAAAGAACCUCCGUGACAUGGCCUUCUUCGGAUUGACCGAAUACCAGCGCAAAACGCAGUACUUGUUCGAACGGACCUUCCACCUCAAGUUCAUCCGGCCCUUCAUGCAGUACAACAGCACGCGGGCCGCCGGCGUCGACCUGGAUAAUGAUACAGUGCAAUGUAUCGAGGAGCUUAACGAUUUGGAUAUGCAAUUGUACGACUACGCCAGGGAUCUUUUUCAGCAGCGUUACAUGUACAAGCGGCAACUCGAGCGAAGAGAGCAGCGCCUAAAGAACCAGCCCGCCCUUUUUCCUUUUCGUCGGAUGCCCAGCACCGAUCCUUCAUCCAGGGAUGACGCGACUGAGUCUGAGGCUUCGCGCUUGCCCACGGAGGACUACAUGAAUCACAUUAUCAACCGCUGGUAGCAGUGCUGGGGGGAGGGGAAUGGGAACUACAGGCUGAUGAGGAGAAAAUGGCUUCAAUCCCAAGUCAAGUUAAGCGGGAGACAAAAACAGAGACAGAGAUAGAGCUUUAGCGCCGCCACCAACUUGUCCUUAAAGACAAGUCAAAUAUGGCCCUCCCCCCUUCUGUUAUGCUCCAGGAUAUCUCCAUCGCCGCAAGAGAGGACUCUAAUUGCGGGAAACACUGGCUCUGUCUUCGAUUUGCAAAGACUAUAUUUGCCAGAUGACAGAUAUAGGACUGACUAACUUAAAGCACUGAGCCUAAAGACUUCAAUGAGCCUAAUCACCCACUGAAGAAAAAAGAUAACAUACGUAAAAAUUAUGGGAAUUAUAUUCACUACAGAUUUUAAAAGAAUGAACAGAAUGAAAUUGUAUAGAGGUAUUUGCUUAAAUGUUCGCUGCCAUUUCAGCCAUGAGUUUGUGACUAUAACAGUCUGUCUCUUAUUUGUUUUAAUUAUUUUAAAGGGAUUUUACUUUCCCUCAAAGAUGUAUUCUCACAGCACUGAGACCAACAGAUCUGCCUAACACUUAUUGGAUGCAAUUUAUUAGCUUUUCAGAAUCAGUGAUGACUUGAAAAGAUCUGUUCUGUUGUCUUGUUUUGUAUUUGUGCAUCAGUCACAAAUUUCAAUGCACCAGACGUGGACCAUAGCCAUUAUUUAAGAUAAGUGUACUAAUAUAAUCUUGCAGAAUGUGAGAGCACACCCCAACUGGAGAUAUUUCUUUUGUCCGAUCUGACAGAUGUCUUGCGCAAUGCUAUUGGCCGAGAAGAAUUCUUGGUUGACAUGGCACCAAGCCUCAGCAUCCAAUCCAGGCAAUUUCUCAGUAGCUGAGUCAUGGAUGUUGUCUUAUGCCUAAAGGGAGCCAGUGUACACCCAAAGAGGAAACUUUAUCUUAUUUUACACUUAGUAGUAAUUGGCUUUUUGUUUCUGAGCUUCUAGGACUGGGCGAUAUAGCUACAAAUAUCACCUUUUUGUGAUAUUCAAUCCAUUCUAAUGCUAUUUUGCUGCUAAUGUUUAAAUAAGAGGCUAUUAAAAGAUGUCUGAAUGCUCUCACACUAAUGAAAUGUCUUUUAAAAAAGCUGAAGUGUGUAAUUUUUUUCGUUGUUAAAAAACUUCCUGCUGUCCUAGCUUAAAAUGCAGAGACAACUAUAAGUAAACCAUGCAUAGGUUCAUUUUCUCAAAAACUGUAAAUACUUUGUCUCUAUGGCACUUUGAAAAGUCCUCAGUUUAUUUUGCCCAUUCAGUUCAACACAACAGCAUUGCCUCGACCAAUGGUGUGAGCUGGGGGCGGGACCAUUUGUUUGUUUGAUCAACAGCAGAUGGGGGCGUAGUCAGAAAACUGUUUGAAAACUGUUUUUUUUUUUUUUUUUGUAAUUUUGUUCAGUCGCUCUAGUGGUGCAGAAAAUUCACACUUCAUCUCUUAUAGUCAAGUAAAAAGUGUGUUAAAAUCAUUGUGAUAUUCACAAUGUCGGUUAAUUUUAUAUUGUUAGCAAAAUCAUCCCAAAUAUAUUGUGGAUAUUCAAUUAUAUCACCCAGCCCUAGUGUGUGAAAUAAAGAGCUCAUGAAACCCAAGUGCAGAAGGAAGAGGCCAUAAAAACAGCCUUUAUAAAUGUUGCCACCAUU